GCGCCGCCCGCGCCCCCCUGGCAGCUCGGGGCGCGCCCGGCCGACGGCCCCGCGCAGCGCCUCCCCGACGGCGCGCCCCUGGCCGCUCCGGCAGGGCCAGCCUGCGCGAAGCCAGGCGCAGGCCCUCCGCAGGCGCCCCCCCCGGCGUGGACGCACGGCCUCCCGCCGCACGCGGGCGGGUGCGGCGCCGUGGGCGGGUUUGCCGUCCCGCUCGCAGGGUUGGCCGCGCCGCCGCUCGGGUUCGCAGGACGGGCCCCUCGGGCACGCGCCGCCCGCCUUCGGCGGCCAGUGCUGCGCGCUCCCGCCGCUGCUGCACGCGACGCCAUCGACGGCGGGCUCCUCGCUGUCUGGCCCACACGGCCUCGGCCCCAACAUCUUCAGCACCGUCCCGAGCACCGCGCCCGGUUCC